CGUCAGAGGAGGGGAGGCAGGCGGGAGGGCGGGCUUUGCCUGUCGGCGCGGAGAAUGGAGUAAGGGAGAGACGUAAGGAGGGAGGUGCGCGGACGGGACUCGAGGGCUGGACGGCGGAGAGCGAGCCAGCGAGCAGGCAGCGGCGCUUCGCCGAGGGAGGCAGCUCGACGGAGGGAUCGAGAGGAGGAAGAGAAAGAAUGCCCUAGGGACGGACGGCGGGACCGGGCUGCUUGCUUGCUUGCUGCUCCUUCCACGAGCAGAGCGGAGAGAGAGAGAGAGACCCGGGCGCGCCUCCUGCCAUUGACAUCCUCGCCGCAGCGCCCUGACGGAGCUUGUCAAUGGAGCUGGAAAACAUCGUGGCCAACACGGUCCUGCUCAAAGCCCGCGAAGGGGGUGGAGGAAAGCGCAAAGGGAAAAGCAAAAAGUGGAAGGAAAUUUUGAAGUUUCCACAUAUUAGUCAGUGUGAUGAUCUUCGAAGAACAAUAGAGAGAGAUUACUACAGUUUAUGUGACAAGCAGCCAAUAGGAAGACUUCUCUUUCGGCAGUUCUGUGAGACUCGCCCGGAGCUUGAGUGCUGUAUUAGAUUUCUUGACUCGGUGGCAGAAUAUGAAGUUACUCCGGAUGAAAAACUAGGAGAGAAAGGCAAAGAAAUUGUGAUGAAAUACCUCAUCCCAGAGUCUCCAGUUUAUGUAGCAGAAGUCGAUCAAGAUCUUGUCCAGCAGACAGAAGAAAAACUUGAAAACAGUCCCUGUAAAGAGCUAUUCUCACCUUGUGUGAAAUCUGUUCAAGACUACCUAAGUGGAGAACCUUUUCGAGAAUAUUCAGCCAGCAUGUACUUUGAUAGAUUUCUCCAGUGGAAAUGGCUGGAAAGACAACCAGUAACGAAAAACACAUUUAGACAGUACAGGGUAUUAGGAAAAGGUGGAUUCGGGGAGGUGUGUGCUUGCCAAGUACGAGCAACUGGGAAAAUGUAUGCAUGCAAAAGAUUAGAGAAAAAAAGGAUAAAGAAGAGGAAAGGUGAAUCCAUGGCCCUAAAUGAAAAGCAGAUUCUAGAAAAAGUCAAUAGUCAAUUUGUAGUCAACUUAGCCUAUGCCUAUGAAACAAAGGACGCACUCUGUUUAGUUCUAACCAUAAUGAAUGGGGGUGACCUGAAGUUCCACAUCUAUAAUAUGGGGAACCCAGGCUUUGAGGAAGAAAGAGCCUUGUUUCAUGCAGCAGAGAUUCUUUGUGGCUUAGAAGACCUGCACAGAGAGAACACUGUGUACAGGGAUUUGAAGCCAGAAAAUAUCCUGUUAGAUGAUUAUGGCCACAUCAGAAUAUCUGAUUUGGGUCUAGCUGUUAAAAUCCCUGAUGGUGAAUCAAUCCGUGGACGGGUAGGAACAGUCGGUUACAUGGCUCCGGAAGUCUUGAAUAACCAACGAUACACCCUCAGCCCUGACUACUGGGGGUUAGGUUGCCUGAUCUAUGAGAUGAUUGCAGGACAAUCUCCCUUUCGCGGAAGGAAAGAGAAGGUGAAGCGAGAAGAGGUAGACAGGAGAGUCUUGGAGACUGAAGAGGUGUAUUCUCAUAAAUUCUCUGAGGAGGCAAAGUCUAUCUGCAAAAUGCUACUGACCAAAGAUGUGAAGCAGAGGCUGGGUUGUCAGGAGGAUGGUGCAGCCGAAGUAAAGAGGCACCCAUUUUUCAAGAGCAUGAAUUUCAAACGCUUAGAAGCAGGAAUGUUGGACCCUCCUUUUGUCCCUGACCCCAGAGCAGUGUACUGCAAAGACGUGUUGGACAUAGAACAGUUUUCAACUGUCAAGGGAGUAAACCUGGACCAAACAGAUGACGAUUUCUAUUCCAAGUUCUCCACAGGCUCUGUUUCUAUUCCAUGGCAAAAUGAGAUGAUCGAAACAGAAUGUUUUAAAGAACUAAAUGUGUUUGGACCAAAUGGUACUAUCUCACCAGACCUUAACAAAAGCUACCCGCCGGAACCGCCGAAGAAAGGAUUGCUGCACAGAAUAUUUAAGCGUCAGCAUCAGAACAAUUCCAAGACUUCUCCAAACUCAAAGGCCAGUUUAAAUCACCAUAUCAAUUCCAACCAUGUAAGUUCAAACUCCACUGGAAGCAGCUAGUUCUUGGCUUUUGUGAAUCUGCACUUUGCAUCCUUCCACUAUACUGUAUGGAGCUUCGAGGAUGAGAGAGAGAGAGAGAAAGAGAGAGAGAGAGAACCCAACAUUUAGCUAGAAGAUCAACGAGUCUCCUAUUGAGGGAGAUUUUUCCCCCUCCUCACCGUUCCUUCCAGUGGAGCCUCCCAUUUUCAUGAAGAAUUUUCCUCUCAGGUCUGUUUUUGGAGGUGGCACUCAAGGUCUUGUGACUCACCGUUGUCUCUGUAGGACAUUGCAAUAGAAAUCGGAGUCCAACAACUUGCACGUAUUUAAAAUAGCAUCAUGACUAGAACUGAACUUUGUCCUUAUUAUUUUUAAAGAAAAGGUUUUGUAAAUUUCUCUAUUGUCUCAGUUUACAUUUUGUACAUUUGUAUUUAAAUGAAAGUCGGACUUGGGGAUGUAUAUUUUCUGAGCAGCAGCUUGUAAAGCCAUGUGUUUUAAGAUCUUUUUUUUUUUAAGAAAAUCAAAGUGACUCAAGACUUCCAGAGACUUAAAAUGAGAUGGUUUUGUUUUGUUGCAAAUAUAGAAAUUUAUUCAUAC